AUGUCAGAUGCCUAUGGGAGAGCUUAAAAAUCUUUUUAACAUUAAAGUACUCUGAAAUAAGAUAUCAGUUCUGUUGAUGUGUCUUUGGAUCCUUAUCGAUUUUAUCGACCUAUUCUAAGAGUAUAAACAUCUUUAGAAAAAAUUGUGUAACAUUAAGAUAAACCUUGUUCACCAAUUCCAUAUCGUAUGUAUAUUUUAUAAUUUGAUUAGAAAUACAAUCAUCAUAUGAUGGAUAAGAGAUGUGUUACUUGAUGAAUAGUCAGAAUAAAUUCUCAUUUAAUAAUUCAUUAGAUAGCAAAUUAUGGUUUCAAAGACCUUAAGAUAUUUAAAACUCAUAAUGUAAAUAAUUAGUAAAUAUUCCAAUUUUAUUUACUUCUCCUAGAGCAUCUUAAACAAAUUAAAAUGAAAAAGAACAGUAGAAAUAAAAUCAAUCUAGAUCUUAAAAUAUACAUUUUUUAAAAGAAUAGCUUAAGUUUUUUAAGGAAGAUUCAGUCUUAAGUGAAGAAAUAAAUCAUAGUGAAGAAAGCAGUAUAGAAUUAAAAAGAAAAAAUAAGAAUAAAAUUACAAGUAAACGAAGAAAAAAGCAUACAAGUGAUAGUUCAGAAUCUUUUAGAAUCACUAAAAAAAAAAAGAUAUCUAAGGUUAAUGAUACUAAAAAUAUUACAAAGAAUUAUUCUAAAGCUAUAAUUUCCUAUAUUUCAAAUAAUCCUUUAAUUGUGUAAAAAGUAAUGCAAAAAAAUAGAUAUGAUGAUUUAGUCAAUUUUCUAAAAAACAAAAAAAAUUCAAUGACUAAUAUAAAAUAACUAAGAGAUUUAUGGGUUAAUAGUGGUAAAAAUGCAGAAUAUAAUAGAGUAUUUAGAAUAAUAAGGUAAUUGAUAUGAAUUAUUUAGUUAAUUAUUCUUAAAGACAUAAGCAGUCUCUUAUGUAUACAAUUCUAGAAUUUCUAAUACUUAAUGGCAUCUUAAAUACAGGUUUAAUCUUUUAAGAGCUUUGAAAGAACCUGAAAAUUUUAAAUUUAUAAAAGAUAUUUGA